CUCCAUCCACCUUUAAUAUUAAAAACAGCUAAGAGUUAAAGCUAAAACUCGUACCGAUUCACAAUGUCGAAAAAGGUUGCCAAAGUCAUAUCAACCGAACUACUCGAAAACAAAGAUGCGAAGUGGAUCAAUCUUGUAAAAAUUACAUACGAGGAUGAAAAUGGUCAAGUGCGCACGUGGGAGGCGAUGAAGCGUCCUGGGCGUCCGAGCACCAGUGCCGUUGAUGCUGUGCAAAUGAUCGCCGUCAUUCAUCACAAAGACGGUCCUAAGGUCCUCCUUGAGAAACAGUUUCGCGCGCCGGCGGGUAAAAUCGUUAUUGAGUUUCCAGCUGGAUUGGUGGAUGAGGGUGAGACCGUAGAGCAAGCGGCGCUACGUGAAUUAAAGGAGGAAACAGGUUACGUUGGUGAAGUAAUGCCAGACCGCGGAGGUGCAAGACCGAUCCUUUUCAGCUCUCCUGCAUCCUCGAGCUCAAAGACAUUUCUCAUCCAUCUGAAAAUUGACCCGGAAAAGGAAGAGAAUCAAAAUCCAAGACCUCAACUAGAAGAUGGUGAGUUUAUCGAGGCUUUUUGGGUACCAUUAGACAGCCUAUAUGCCGAAUGUAGGAAGUUAGAGGCCCAAGGAUUUGCGAUUGACGGCAAGGUUGGCGUUUUUGCUGAGGGCCUCGAAAUGUCCAAAGUUUGGCCAGUUUCAUGAAUAUGCCACGGAUCGUAUAGAAGGCAUUUUAUACCUUAGAUAACUGAUAGACAUAUGUGAAAUCCAUAAAUCUUGCCACGCA